CCAGAGGCUGGUCACGUGCACCACCCCUGCUAAUUGACCCGCAGGUGUGCAGACUGACAGUGAACACAUCACCAGUCAACUGACGCAACAGAACCUCUGUUUAUCUUCAGUAAAAUGUGAAGAUUUAAUUAAUUAAAUCAUCGCUAAUGUCGACGAGGAGCCUUUUUACCGACCUGAAGCAGGCGAGCUCCAGCGAACCAGCUGACUCAGCAGAAGAAGAGGGAACAGGAUUUGUGGCUGCGUGGCUGUUGGAGGUGAUGAGUCGAGUCGUCCUGCCAUCGAUCUCAUGAGUUACAUGAAGCCCAGGAGAGCCGCUCUCCGGGGGACCGACGGUAGCUAACUGCGGCGGUGGCAGCAGCCCGGCAGGAGAACAGGAAUGACCUCUGACCCCCAGAUCUGUGAGCAGCCACCGUCUUCCUCCAAGUGGGCGACCCCUCGACUGCAGCCGACCGUGCCUAAGCCGGGAGGACGGAGCGAGGAGAGGAGUCGAGUGGCGCCUCUGAGUAUCAUCGCCAUCACCUCUCAUCCACCUGCCACCUCUGCUGGUGAGUCAGGUAGAUGCCUCUUCUCCGUCCUCGCCAGAUGCCUCCAGCUGAAUUUGGGUCACGAUCACACGCACAUGCGGUCCCUCUCCUGGAUCAAUAGGAGGCACUCAGAGCAGCUGACGCCCUCUCACACCUGAUACUGCGCCCAAACGCCCUUCGACACCCCCACGCGCAUACACUCCAACCUGGCGAGGGACCAAUUACACCAACCGAGGGGAUUUACCCAGAGUCCCCCUCUUGUCUGGAGUGAUAUCUCCAAGGAUUACAGACCACAACAACCAAUGGGAGAAGCUUUCAGGAGCCGCUGCCCAGCAAUGAUCACAUGAGAGGGAUGCUGAAGCCACGCCCCCUGCUGCUGCACAGAGUGGUAUUCGCUGUCUAUAAGCCGUGAUAAUUACUACGUCCACUGAAGGUCGCCGCCUAACCAGAGUUGCAAAUAUGGGUCGUGAUAAGCUGCGUUCACGGUCGACGGACUGCUUUCCAACCAGGACACCAUCACACCUGUGCUGCACCUCCAGGUCUCAGCUCUUCACUUGAUAUCAAGCUGAAAAUCAAGGAAUCGAGUCCAUGCGAGCUGCCAUCUGAUCCCACACACACUUAUCAAUGAAGCAAGAGAUCAUGGCGGAUGGCCCGAGGUGUAAGAGGCGAAAACAAGCCAACCCGAGACGGAAAAACGCAGCUCUGAACUACGAGAAUGUGGUGGAGACGGGCUCAGAGACCGAGGAGGAGGACAAGCUGCCGGUGUCCGAGGAAGAUCCCCUGAUCAACGGCACGGGCAGCCCGGCCAGCCUCACCAACCCGGAGGCCUCGCCGCGCGCCGAGAGCCACGGCCUGCUGACCAAGGAGGAAGAGGACGACGAGAUGCGGGACAGCGGCGUGGAGCACAUCUGGCCCGACAACGACAUGCUGAGUGCCUCGGUCGACGGUACUGAUGAAAUAAAGGAUGAUUUUGACACCCUGGGGCCUGAUGCCACUUUGCAGGCAGUUGGAAACGGUACAGUUAAGAGCGUGGAUUGCACUUCAGAGUUCGAGGACUUCUUCUCCAAGCGGAAGCUGGACGAUGGCGACAGUCACGUGGUGAGCAUCGCCGAGUACCUGCAGCGGGGCGACACCGCCAUCAUCUACCCGGAGGCUCCAGAGGAGCUGUCCCGCCUGGGCACGCCGGAGGCCACCGGACCAGAGGAGAACGACCUGCCACCUGGAACGCCAGAUGCCUUCGCCCAACUGUUGACCUGCCCCUACUGCGACCGGGGCUACAAGCGUUUGACAUCGCUGAAGGAGCACAUCAAGUACCGCCAUGAGAAGAACGAGGAGAACUUCGCCUGCCCCCUGUGCAACUACACGUUUGCUUACCGCACUCAGCUUGAGCGGCAUAUGGCCACACACAAGCCUGCGAGGGAUCAGCACCAACUGCUCAACCAAGCGGCCGGCAACCGCAAGUUCAAAUGCACCGAGUGUGGCAAGGCCUUCAAAUACAAGCACCAUCUGAAGGAACACCUCCGGAUUCAUAGCGGUGAGAAACCCUACGAGUGCCCCAACUGCAAGAAGCGCUUCUCCCACUCGGGCUCCUACAGCUCCCACAUAAGCAGCAAGAAGUGCAUCGGUCUGAUCGCUGUCAACGGCAGGAUGCGCAGCAACAUGAAGACGGGCUCCUCCCCGACCUCCGCCUCCUCCUCGCCCACCAACACUGCCAUCACCCAGCUGCGGCAGAAGCUGGAGAACGGCAAGCCGCUCGGCCUCAACGAGCACAACAACCACUUGAACAUCAAAACCGAGCCGCUCGACUUCAACGACUACAAGCUGAUGAUGGCGUCUCACGGAUUUGGUGCUCCUCCGUCGUUCAUGAAUGGCGGCAUGGGAGGCAACAGCCCACUGGGGGUCCACCACAACUCGACGGGCCAGAGCCCCUUGCAGCACCUUGGGAUGAGCGGGCUGGAACAGCAGCUCAUGUGCUACCCAGGGCCGCUGGGGAACAACCUGAGCGAGGUGCAGAAGGUCCUCCAGAUCGUGGACAACACUGUGUGCAGGCAGAAAAUGGACUGCAAGCCGGAGGAGCUGUCCAAGCUCAAGGCCUACAUGAAGGAGCUGGGGUCCCAGGUUGAAGAGCAGAAGCAGGUGCUGGCGCAGUCGGGGGGUCAGGUCGGUCUUCCGCUUGUCAAUCACAACGGCGCCACCAAAAGCAUCAUCGACUACACAUUAGAAAAAGUGAACGAAGCCAAAGCCUGCCUCCAGAGCUUGACAAAUGACUCAAAGAGACAGAUUAGCAAUAUCAAACGAGAGAAAUCCAACCACAUGCUUGAUGGAGGUGUGGAUGAGAAGGUGCAGGAAAAUCACAUGUUUACACCUUAUGCUUGCCAAUACUGCAAAGAAACCUUCCCCGGGCCGAUACCUUUGCAUCAGCACGAACGCUACCUGUGUAAAAUGAACGAGGAGAUCAAAGCCGUGCUGCAGCCCAGCGAGAAUCUGAUGCCCAACAAACCAGGGAUGUUCAUGGAGAAGAACACCCACUUAUCCCCCUCCAUGUUGUCUGACAAGGGACUCACUGGGCCCAUCAACCCUUACAGGGACCACAUGUCUGUGCUGAAGGCGUAUUUCGCCAUGAACAUGGAGCCCAACUCGGAGGAGCUGCUCAAGAUUUCCAUAGCGGUCGGCCUUCCUCAGGAAUUCGUCAAGGAGUGGUUCGAGCAGCGGAAGAUGUACCAGUACGGCACUACUAGAACCCCACCACUAGAGCACAGGAACAACACGGAUAUGGUUCUCGGAACAAAUAACCACCACACUCCACAAAAAGACUCUAUGGCAGCUAGGUCACCUGUGUCUCUAAUCAAACCUACUGACCGCAUCACGUCCCCCUCCAUAGCAGAGCUCCAUAACAACGUGAACAACUGUGACAACUCGCUCAGACAUUUGAAAAACCACCAGUACAGCGGCAGCGCCAAACCCACAGGUGAAAAGUUGGACCACUCCCGCAGCAACACCCCCUCCCCGCUAAAUCUGUCCUCCACAUCUUCCAAAAACUCCCACAGCAGCUCCUACACUCCAAACAGCUUGACUUCAGAAGACCUGCAGGCUGAGCCGCUGGACCUCUCUCUGCCGAGACUAAUGAAGGAACCCAAGCAUGCACUGACUGUCAAAAGCAGACCUAAAGUCAACAGCAUUACCAUCGACCAUAACAGCAUACCCUCUCCUCGAGAGCACUUCGAAGAGCCUUUGAACUUGGCCUAUCUCAAGAAGGAAUUCUCAGGCUCUACCAACAACGGAAACCUUGAAAAAAGCACUAGCCCCAUCUUCAGCAUUAACCCGUUCGCUGCCAAACCCCUGUACACGUCACUUCCACCUCAGAGCGCUUUCCCACCUGCCACAUUCAUGCCCCCGAUGCAGGCCAGCAUACCAGGUCUUAGGCCCUACCCGGGCAUGGAUCAAAUGGGCUUCCUACCGCACAUGGCCUACACUUACGCAGCAGGGGCAGCUACCUUUGCCGAGAUGCAGCAGAGGAGAAAGUACCAGCGGAAACCAGGUUUCCAGGGGGACCUGCUCGACGGUACACCAGAUUACAUGUCAGGGCUGGACGACAUGACAGACCCCGACUCCUGUCUGUCGCGGAAGAAGAUUAAGAAGACCGAAAGUGGUAUGUACGCGUGUGACUUGUGCGACAAAACAUUCCAGAAGAGCAGUUCCCUUCUAAGACACAAAUAUGAACACACAGGCAAGAGGCCGCACCAGUGCCAGAUCUGCAAGAAAGCCUUCAAACACAAACACCAUCUCAUCGAGCACUCCAGGCUGCACUCGGGGGAGAAGCCUUACCAGUGCGACAAGUGCGGGAAGAGGUUCUCCCACUCGGGCUCCUACUCGCAGCACAUGAACCACCGCUACUCCUACUGCAAGCGGGAGGCCGAGGAGCGGGAGGCGGCUGAGAGGGAGGCCCGCGAGAAGGGCCACCUGGAGCCCACGGAGCUGCUCAUGAGCCGGGCGUACUUGCAGGGCAUGACUCCUCAGGGUUACCCGGAGCUGGCGGAGCGCGAGGCCAUCAUGAGGCACGACGCCGUGAACGGAGGGAUCAGAGAGGGACGGAAGGAAGUGGACGGAGCGUACGCGAAGAUCGGACGGAGGGACGACGAGUUCGAGGAGGAGGAGGAGGAGAGCAAGAGCAUGGACACGGACCCGGACACGUUGAGGGACGAGGAGGAGAACGGAGAGCACUCGAUGGACGAUAGCUCGCUGGACGGCAAAACGGAAACCAAAUCGGAUCACGAGGACACGAUGGAGGACGGCAUGUAAUCAUCGGCGGCGGUGGCGUUUCAAAAGCUUCCCAUCUUAAAGAGUUUUAAGUUUCUCUCUCUUUCGGUUCAGUAUUCUUACCUGCUCGGUUUAAAACACCGUGUUUUAAGCUGUACGUGCACGUGCCUGAAGCUUCCGGGAAGCUUUCUUUGACAGACUCCUCGAGGGGGAAGAUGUCUGCCGAAAAAAAAAAAAAAAACGGAAAAAAAACCCACCAAGACAUGGACUCAAAAAUCAAUCCGGAGGAGGCGUUUUGAGGGGAAGGGAAGGCAUGGGUUUGUGAAAUAAGCUGCAUUAUGCAAACCGAACAAUGAAUAAAAUGAAUACAUUUCAAAAAAUGUACAGUACUAAGGCCUAAAAAUAUGUGUGGUGCUAACCUCCUCAAAUAAAACCCCCUGUGUUCCAUAGUAUUUAUAGCACAACUAGUGACUUGUACAAAUUGCACUCCGCUUCUAUAAUCAUGAACAAAAAUAAUAAAAAGUAUUGCCUAUGUAUAUAUUUAUACAGUGUUGGAAAAAGAGCAGUAGUGUCUGCACUACAGUCCUUCGAUAUUACCUUUGUUAUCACCUACCUACCUACAGUGUCGUCUUUUUAGUUUCUCGCCAUCGUUGCCCGGCCACCAACAUCUCCAGCCACACUAUUUUAGGCCUCUUGAAUCAAACUUCACGUGAAGGAAUUUUAAACAGAAGAACUGUAUGAAGGAGCUUUCUUUGUUUUCUUUGUUUUGUUUUUUUGUUUUUUUUUUUUGUUUCUGAUGAAGUUUUAAAGAGACCUUUUUCGUUUUAAGGGAAAAUACAGUUUAUGGACAGAUGGUUAUUUGGGGGGGAAGGAGAAUGGAAAAAAAAAAAAAAAUGAAGGACGAAGCCUUUGUAAGGUGUUUUUGAUAAGAAAAAAGAAGCCUUAUAUGCAAACCUUUUAACCUGUGUGUUUUCUGCAAGUGCCACCCUCGUAUUGUGUAAAAGGAAGGUUAAUUUUUUUCACCAGCUUCAGUAUUAUGAAAUGGUUCACCGUUGUUCUUUGAAGCAUCCGUGUCAGUAUUAAGACGUAUAGGCAACAAGUUCCUUAGUUUACAUUAUGUUGUGCAAUGUUUUCUUUUUGUUUCUCUGAACUUUGUCAGUAUUACACCAAACCAUUGUUUCUUUUGUUCUUUUUUUUUUUUUUUGGAAACAACAAAUUGCAUUCAUUUUAUUUGUAGGUUGAAAAAAAAAAACAAAAAAACAUUAUUUAUGUGGCCCAUUUUAUAUUUCCUAAUUUUAUUUAUUUCAUACUGUUGUGUACAGUACUAUAGUUCUUCAAUAUAUAGAUAUAUUUUAGUAAAAAGGAACAUGGUGUCGAUCAUAGGGGCAAAUUUUACGUAAAGAGAGCAUUUAUUGUGUUUUGAAACAUUGUGAAAUGCGAAGUUUAAUCUUAUUUUAUUUUAUUUUUUCCUUUUUAUUUUCCAGUUGCUGGAAAAUUCCAAAUUUGGGAACUUUUAUACAAUUGUGAAAACACUGUAUUUUCGACUGAAAAAAAAAAAAAUUCCACUUUCUUCAUCUUUGUUUCUUUUUUUAAGCUAAAAAAAAAAAAAAAAUGAAGAGGGACUGUUAAAUACUAUGUAUGAUAUCAUGACUGAAGAAGAAAUCUUUCCUGAAAUGUCUUUGUAAAAGUAUUAUUGAAUUCUUAAUUUGUAAUUUCUCUUGAAAAUGACCCUGCUCGAAUAAAAAGUAGCCAAAUUACAGAGUA